UAUAUAAGCAGAAAGAUUUAAAAGAGAAGAAAAGAAAAUUCUCAUCCUCAUUAUUAGUCGUUGCUUUGCUUCUUGUCGAAACAGACACAAUGUUUGACAACAAUGAUCAAGAUCCAUGGCUAGCACCAGAUAAGCUUUAUCACAUUCUCUUUUGCCUGUUCCUUACCCUUUUCUUCUCCAAGCUAGCCUCUUUGACGCGUCACUCCUUUCUCCGGAACCACUCGAUUCGAAUCGGAUCCAUUCUCUCCCUCGCCGCUGGCGCCGCCAAGGAGGCCGCUGACCACUUCGGCCUCUUCCCUUCAGCCGGUGCUUCAGUUAAGGAUGCAGUUGCCGAUCUUCUCGGUGUCUUUAUAGCUGCAUUUGCACUGUCAAUUUGUAAAAAUCCAAAUGGAUCCGACACAGGUCCGGGUCAGAACCGAAGGGUUUUGCCCGUUUAAGUGAUUGGUUUGGGAUUGUUCUUUUUGUUUGUGGGUUGUGAUGCUUGGGAAGUAGAGUGGAUUCGUGGAGUUAAUUUGAGGGUUUGCAAAUGGAAAAAGCUCAAUCAGCUGUUGAGAAAAUGACGGAAAAGAAUGGAGUUCUGUAUUUUGUAAAUCUGUAUUCUAAAGAUUACAAAAAGAUUAGUUGAGUCACCUUCUGAAGCUCCUUGCUGUUGAAGGCUUUUCACGAGCGUCACCAUCUUCUUCCGGCAGUUUGACUGCAGAAUAAAUUCCAGCUCCACACAGUGCACCAAGGAUUGGGGCCGUGAGGUAUACCCAUAUGGCUUUGUAGUUGUUUGCAGCUAUGGCUGGCCCUAAUGUUCUCACUGGGUUCAUUGAUGCACCUGUCGUUUCCCUGCACCAGAGAACAAACAAGAAUAUUCAGUACGCCUCCAGUGUGUUGUAUCAAAAUACAACCGAUGUACUUUGCCUAUUGAUCAUGUCUAUACACCAUUAAGGAAAACUAGAGCAGUAAUUGAAAAUCUAUUCAGUAAGCCAUAAUUUGUUUGCUGGCUUUCAGUCAAAGCGCACAAAUGGUCCCAUUUUUAAGCUUGUAGUAAGUGUGAAGGCCAAGCUACAAUGUAAAUUGAUUGAGUUGCAUUCUAAUUGACUGCUCUUAAUGUAAUUUGUAUACAGGCUUUAUCUAAUAUUUCUUGUGCUUAA